CAGUUUGACAUAACAAUUGGUGUAAUAUUUUGUCAGUUGCAGUCAUGUUUGUUUGUGCAGUCUCUGCAUUUGUAAUACAUUUGAUCCAAUGUACUGAGUUGUGGGUUUGGACAGUACAAUGUGGAAUAAAAGGAACAAAUAGCUCAGAAGUGCAUUUUAUGUGUUUAUUGUUGCGUGUAGUCAGUAUCCUCAUGUUUAGCCUGCCACGGCCGUUGGUGUUGGAGGAGCCACAACCCCACCAGUGAAUAUGCUUGCAUAAAGUCACUAACCUUUGAACCUAUUAGGCAUUAGGUAUGACGCAUUAGUUUUAAGUAUUAAAACACUUAAAUGGUUACAUUGUCAGUUGUGUAAUAUAAUCUAAUCUGUAACAGGUUAGAUUAUCUAAAAGCUUUAAAGUUUACUAGUCGUCAUAAUAAUAAUAAUAAUAAUAAUAAUAAUAAUAAUAAUAAUAAUAAUAAUAAUAAUAAUAGUUGUUGUUGUUGUUUUUGUUUUCUAUGAGCAUCAUCAUCGUCCUCAUUCCAGAUUUUGCUGUUUGGUCUGUUGAACAGAAAGGGCCGCUAUUGGCCCGAGUAUGGCAGCAUUCGUCAACGCUGAAAAUUGUACCUCCCCUUUAGAUUUGCACACUGGUAGACAAUGAAACGCACAGUAACCGCCUGUUCUCUUUUAUAAGGAAUACCGCUUACGGAGAUCGAAAAGUUAUUCUUUUUUCGCUGAAACUGUCUUUGAGAUAUGGUCGGAAUUAUUAUCAUGAUUCGUGUGGAUUGCAGUUUUAUUAAAAGGACACAGGAUUAUCCCUGCAAAGCAAUGAGGCGGCAAGUACUGUUGUUCUUCUUGGUUUUCUUUCUCACCUCGGUGUUCGGGCAGGUCAGUUACUCCAUUCCUGAGGAAAUGGAGAAAGGGUCUUUAGUGUGUAAUGUGGCUCAGGAUUUAGGUUUAGACAUUAAAAGGCUGAAAUCCGGCAGAGCGCGCGUUCAUUCUGGAGAUAGUGCCGAAUAUAUUGAGCUGAAUAGAGACCGUGGUGUCCUCCUUAUAAAAGAAAGGAUAGACAGAGAAACACUGUGUGGCGACACGACGCCCUGUGCUUUACUUUUACAGAUGAUUCUGGAAAAUCCGAUGGAACUGUUUCGAAUAACAAUAGAAAUCACAGAUAUUAAUGACAAUGCUCCCAGCUUUGCAUCGAGCGAAAAGCGCUUCGAAAUCAGCGAGUCAACCAUCAUUGGGUCUAAAUUUGUGCUGGAGAAAGCCAUCGAUGCUGACAUCGGUACAAAUGGUCUCCAGAGCUAUUCCCUUAAUCCAACAAACAACUUUGCGCUGAAAUUAGAGAACCAAGCGGAUGGGAGUAAGAAGGUGGAAAUGAUUCUACAGAAGCCUCUGGAUCGAGAGCAAGAUCAACAUAUAUUGUUAUUAUUAACUGCUCAGGAUGGCGGGCAGCCGCGUAUGUCAGGUACAAUGCAGAUCACUGUUAACGUAUUGGAUGCAAACGACAAUGCACCAAUUUUCACUAAGCCAGUAUAUAAAGCAACAAUAACCGAGAAUUCACCGGCUGGAACCAGCGUUAUAACUGUUAGAGCAUCUGACAAAGAUGGAGGCUCUAACGGGGAAAUAUCAUACGCAAUUUCCAAUAGCAAACGUCGUUUGUCCGAUUUAUUUCAGAUUGAUAGAAAAACUGGAGAGGUUAUCGUGAUCGGUCAAAUAGACUAUGAAAAAACGAAGCUCUUCCAAAUAGAUAUAGAAGCUACGGACAAUGGUGGGCUCUCUGAUUCCAGUAAGAUUCUCUUAGAUGUUACUGAUGUGAAUGACAACAGCCCUCAGCUGAAAAUACUCUCUAAGUCAGAUGCCAUUUUAGAAGACUCGCCUGAGAGUACUGUAAUUGCAAUGCUAAGCGUAAAUGACCCUGACUCUGACAGGAAUGGAGAGGUGAAGUGUAAUAU